AUGAUGUAUACCAGCCAGACGCCUGGCAGAGACAGAGACAAGCGUGGUGGACAGAACACCAAGAACCACUACCUUGUCUGGCUGUACAUUCUUCUUCUCCGUCUCGUCGCCCCGGCCAGUUUUGUCCACUGCCUCGUGCACCUAUUCGUCUACAUCUUUGAAGUCUCAUGCCCCGCCAUCACCGACCGCCCAUGGCUUACUCUUGCCGCGUCCUCUGAAGUGCUCUGGUUCCUCAGCGUCCUACCGAAGAGACUCCAUCUUCAGAGCACUCCCCCUAAGCCUGGCUUCAGAACACACUACGAGCGCGAUGACCUGUUCUACAAGUGCUGCGAGUACGUGCCAAGCCUGGAGAAGUUCCUCAGCAGCUGGUUCCAGGGUGCCAGCGUCGAGGAUCUCCACCGGGACGACGUCAAGGACUUCCUCGCCUGGACGUUCGCGAAGAAGUCUAUAAGCUUCGAACACUACGACUGCGACCUCGACCGUUACAUUACGCACAUGGAGGGCGUCCUGGGCAGGACUUUCCCUCCCGGAAGAGGCUACCAUCAAGCCAUGCGCUUGUCGCUGGAUCCGUUGCACGUUGAGCAUAAGCCGCUAGUCUAUUACGUGUUCGUCGUCGGCCUUGCAGACUUCACUUCAUACUUCCGGCUCAGGCUCUGUGGCUUCGAUCACUACCGCCUCCCCAUCUACAAGCGCAUGUCCGUCUUCCCCUGGCGACCACACACGGCCCUAUCAAGGAAAAUCUCUGUCUCGGAACACCUAUCGUACUUCUACCGACCACACACCCGACGCGGCCGACGACCCGUCCUCUUCAUCCAUGGCUUCGGGCACGGCAUAUCCAGAUACUCGCGCUUCCUCAAAGACUUUGACUGCCAAAACGGUUAUAGUAGCAGCGGCGUGGGCAUCAUCGCCCUGGAGAUCAUGCCGCUCACCACGCGCGUCAACGAGGACGACAUGCUACCCAUGGACAAGCUGAUGCGCGAGAUCCGGCUCGUCCUCGCCCACCACGGCUGGACCGAGGUCACCAUCCUGGCACAUUCUGUUGGCACUACUAUCGCCACGCAGCUACUACAAAACUUUGGCCACACUCAGGCCCCGAACAUCGGCCCCAUGGUCCUCGUCGACCCCGUCGCCAUGACGCUGCACUGGGGCGAUGCGCAGCUCAACCUCCUCUACCGUAACCGCGAGCAGGCCCGUACGGCGGCCGAGCUGGAGAUGCGCCACCUCUUCGGGGCGGACAUGACCAUCGCGCACAGCGUCACGCACGAGGUCUUCGCCUGGCAGGACAACCUGGCCUGGCGGACCGAGUUCUACGGCCGCGAGGUGGCCUUCUUCGUCUCGGGCGAGGACGAGCUGGCCGACGCGCGGGACACGAUGCGGUACCUGUGCACGUGCGCCGAGGUGCCCGUCGCCGCCGCCGAUGCUGAGGAGGUCGCGGAGGCGAAGCCCGCGCGGUAUGUCACCGACGAGCCGCGUGCCGCGAUCCUGCACGAGGGGCUGGGCCACGGCGAGGUGUUUGACAGUCCCGAGAACUGGGGAGUCUUGAAGGGCGUUCUCCACCAGCACUGCUGUGUCAAGGACGCUUGA